AUGGAAACACAGGAGGCUCACCCAGCGGUCAAAAUAACCACCGAGCAACCGAAAUCACUCAAAAUUACCCGAAUUCAAUCCCCAAACACAAAACCGGUCACCCUGAGUUUCUCAGAUCCCUUCGGGCCUCCCCAGUCCGCGGACGGGGGGGGCCCAUCAACCCCCCAACCAGCCAUGACCACCCAGGAAGCGUUAGAUCACCAGCACCAUCAUUUGGGGGGCACACAGACCCCCCACGAUAUAUCCAAUUCUGCUAAUUCGACGCCGACGAACGUGUCCUCCAAAUCUGCGUUUAUCGAGCUGCAGCAGCACGGAUACGGUUUCAAGGGGGGUUACCAGCACCCCCACCACUUCGGGAGCCCCGGGGGCCAGCAGAACCCCCACGAGGCGUCCGGAUUUCCGAGUCCUAGAUCGUUAGGUUAUCCAUUUCCUCCCAUGCACCAGAACACCUAUGGUUAUCAUUUAGGUUCCUAUGCACCGCAGUGCGCAAGUCCGCCUAAAGAUGAGAAAUGUGGUCUCUCAGACGACCCUGGCCUACGCGUGAACGGGAAAGGCAAGAAGAUGAGGAAGCCUCGCACCAUCUACUCCAGUCUUCAGCUGCAGCAGUUAAACAGGAGGUUUCAACGGACGCAGUAUUUGGCUCUACCGGAGAGGGCUGAGCUCGCGGCUAGCUUAGGAUUAACGCAGACUCAGCAAGUAACGCGCAGUAAAAAACGUAGGAACCAUAGACCACAACAUAGACACAGCCAUAGACCACAUUCCAUUUUCGUUAUGACACCCAUAGACCAUAUAGAGUGGUUUUCGCGGCAGAGCGCGGCGUUCCGAUUGGAUUUCUUCGUGACCGAUUGA